AUGAUAAGAGCACUUGUGGACAGAAAGGAUUCUUGAAAGUCUUGGUCUUUGCUUACACUUUUUGGUAGGUGAAAGUCUUGGUCUUCUUGGACUUUAUAGUUCUCUCUCCAUUAGAUCAUCAUCACUCGGCUUCACCAUUAGUCCCCCUGCUUAAAUAGUAUUCUCCUCCUGCUCGUCUAAACCUAGCGCUCGUGCUUGUUGGAUUGCUGUCAUUGAGCUAAUCCCAUUCAUCGAUCUGCUCCAGGAAGUCUGCUCGAAACAGUGACCCAUUCACCCAUGGCCGUUGGAGAGAUUGUUUUGGGUUCCUUCUUGGGUUCCUUCUUUCAGGUUCUAUUCGACAAGUUGUCUUCUCUCACAUUGGGCUAUGCGCAACAAGAAGGAUUCAACACUACCUUGCUUGAGGAGUGGAAGGGAAUGUUGUUGACAAUCAAUGCAGUGCUGGUUGACGCAGAGGACAAGCAACCCAGUAACAACCCUCUAGUGAAGCUAUGGUUGGACGAUGUUAGGGACUUGACUUAUGACAUGGAAGACUUGCUUGAUGAGUUGGUGAUCAAAAUCACCUAGGUUGAGUCAGAGGCAAAAUCUAGCACAAGCAAAGGUCUAGAGAAAUGGAAGUCCUCUUUCUUUGGCCAAGAUAGAUCCUCCAGAUUGAAUCCAAACUUGCACUUGCUUGUGUCAGAAACCAAGGUACAAGAGGUCAAUGGCAGGUUGAAAGCAAUUGUCACCAGGAAGGCUCAUCUAAGCUUGAGAGAGAAUGUUGUAGACAAAUCCAACUAUACCAACAAAAGGGAUCCCACCACUUCUUUGUCGGAGCCUCAGUUUUUCGGUAGGGAGAAGGAAGAAGCACAGAUAGUCAAACUAUUGAUAAGUGAGGUAGAAAAUUCCAAUGCCAUGCUAAGCAUAGUCCCCAUAGUUGGGAUGGGCGGUGUUGGAAAGACAGCCUUGGCUCAACGAGUAUAUAAUGAUGCCAAAGUGAAUGGCUGUUUUGAGAAGAGAGCAUGGGUUUGUGUCUCAGAUGUUUUUAAUGUCCUUGACAUAACAAAGACUACUUUGCGGUCAAUCACGGGGUUGUCCAACGAGGGUGAAGAUCUUAAUGAGCUUCAAGUUAAGUUGAAGGAUAGUCUAUCUGGGAAGAAGUUUCUUGUGGUUUUAGACGAUAUCUGGAAUGAAAAGUAUGAAAAAUGGACUGCCCUCUUAAAGCCAUUUGAAGCGGGAGCUAAGGGAAGCAAGAUCAUCAUCACAACUCGCAACCUUCAUGUUGCCUCUAUAACAAGAGCUUCGCCAUAUCCUUUGAGAGAAUUGUCCUUUGAUGAUUGUGUAAGCUUAUUAGCCUUUCAUGCUCUUGGAGCAACAAAUUUUGAGAGCCACCCGGCUUUUAAAAUAAUAGGGAAGAAGAUAGCUAAAAGAUGUAAAGGUUUACCUUUGGCAGCAAAGAUGGUGGGUGGUGUCCUACGUACAAAAAGUAAUCCUGAUGAAUGGGAAGAUACCUUAAAGAACAAAAUAUGGGAUAUUCCGAUGGUAGAGAAUGAUGAGGUUCUCCCAGUUUUAAAAUUGAGUUAUGUCCAUCUUCCUUCCUAUUUGAAGAGAUGUUUUGCGUAUUGUGCGGUAUUUCCCAAGGAUUACGAAAUUGAGAGGGAUGAGUUGGUACACUUAUGGAUAGCAGGGGGAUUUUUAGAUGGGCAAAAAGCAAAUGAGAAUAUCUUGAAAUUGGGACGGAAGCACUUUGAUGAGUUAGUAUCCAGGUCAUUUCUUCAACAAUCGAGUAUCGACGCAUCUAAGUUUUCAAUGCAUGAUCUUUUGAAUGAUCUAGCAAAGUCAAUUUUGGGUGGGACUUGCUUUAGCUCGGGGGGGUCUCAGGUGGCAAGUAAUGAACAUGAUGUAUCAUCUCUUGAAAAAACUCGCUAUGCAUCAUUCAUCCCAUCAUGGUAUGUUACAUCAAAAUGCUUGAAACCAUAUCAAGGAAUGAAGGCACUAAGAAGUUUAAUUCUAGUGCGUGAUGGAACUAGUGUGGGCUCUUUCUCUAUUUCCAACAAGGUGCUACAUGACUUGCUAACAAACUUGAAGUACUUGAGAGUAUUCUCGUUAUGUCGUUGUCAGAUCAUAGAGGUACCGAAUUGUGUUGGUGAUUUAAAACACCUUCGAUAUCUCAAUUUCUCGUACACUAAUAUCGAGAGGCUACCUGAGUCAAUCGACACCUUGUGCAAAUUACAAGCUCUGAUUUUAAGAGGUUGUCAAAUGCUUUCACAGUUGCCUCAAUGUAUCACAAAGUUAGUUAGCUUACAAUUUCUUGAUAUUAGAGAUACAUGGAGUCUAAAAGAGAUACCAUUGGGUAUCGGUAAUUUAAAGAAUCUUAUUAUCUUGUCCAAGUUUGUGGUAGGACUAGAGAAAGGGUCGCAGUUGAAAGAGUUAAAGAACUUGCCACAUCUUGAAGGAGAAUUAUUCAUAUCAGAAUUGCAAAAGGUGGAAAAAGUUAUAGAUGCAGUUGAUGCUAAUUUGCUUCGAAAGCUAGGCCUUACCAACUUAUCCUUGCAUUGGGGUGAACAUUUGGGGGAUCUCCAUAAUCAUGAGCGCGAAGCAUAGGUGCUUGACUCUUUGUGACCUCACACUAAUCUUGAAAAUCUCGCUAUUUUGAACUAUCGUGGUGCAAUAUUCCCAUCAUGGUUAGAUUGUACAUCCUAUUCUAAAAUAGUGUCUUUAUGCUUGUGGGACUGUCCUAAUGUUAUGUCACUGUCUAUGAUUGGACAACUACCUUCACUUAAGGAAUUAUCUCUUAAAGGUCUACAUGCAAUAAGAAUGAUAGGCUUUGAAUUUUACGGAGGUAAAAGGCCUUUUCCAUCCUUAACCACUUUGAAGUUCGACGAGAUGUUGGCAUGGAAGGAUUGGUCUCCUUAUGCUGGGCGCUCAAAAGAAGAAGUCUCAUUCUCUUGUCUUAAGCAUCUUGUUGUUCGGGGCUGUCCUUCGUUGGUCGG